CCUGGCCCGGGCCCGGCUGAGGCGGGCGGCCGGUCCGGGGCUGAGGCGGGCGGGGCCCGGCCGGGCCGGGACGGCCCCGAGGCUUCGCGGGACUCGAGGGGACGACGGGCGGCGUCUGCCUCCGGUGCUUCCUUUCUGACUUUCAGUAGCAGAGGAAGAUUAAAGGCCUUGAAGAAAGUUGUCUUCUGCUCCUUACUCUGCAGUAACAAUGCUGCAGAGAUGAGAUUAUAGCAAGCCCUUCCUGUGUGGCCUCCAUGGGUCCCACUCAACUCAGCACACAGGACCAUGGGAAGAGGGUGGCAAGUGUAUUUGAGAUGGAGGAGGAAGGGCUUUCACUCUUCUCUGGCUCAGAGAACCCUCCUAAGCAUGCAGAAAACCCCCCGCUGAAGCGGAAGAAGGGCCCAGCCCCCAAGAUGCUGGGAAAUGAAGUCUGCAGUGUGUGUGGGGACAAGGCCUCAGGCUUCCACUACAACGUGCUGAGCUGUGAAGGCUGCAAGGGCUUCUUCCGCCGCAGUGUCAUCAAGGGUGCCCAGUACGUGUGCAAGAAUGGCGGCAAGUGCGAGAUGGACAUGUACAUGCGGCGCAAGUGUCAGGAGUGCCGGCUGCGCAAGUGCCAGGAGGCAGGAAUGCGGGAGCAGUAUGUUCUGUCUGAAGAGCAGAUUAGGCUGAAGAAGCUGAAGAAGCAGGAGGAUGAUCAGGCACGGACAGUCGUGGUGCGUCCAAACCCUCCACAGCCACCAAGUCCUUCCCACCAACUGACACCUGAACAGUUAAACAUGAUUGAAAAGCUUGUGGCUGCUCAGCAGCAGUGCAAUCAGCGCUCGUUCACUGACAGGCUCAAAGUGACGCCAUGGCCCCAGGUUCCUGACCCUAAUAACCGCGAAGCAAGGCAGCAGCGUUUUGCUCACUUUACAGAACUUGCAAUUAUCUCUGUGCAAGAGAUUGUGGACUUUGCCAAGCAGCUACCUGGCUUCCGGGAGCUCACCAGGGAAGAUCAGAUUGCUUUAUUGAAGACUUCUACCAUAGAGGUGAUGUUGUUGGAGACAUCUCGGCGCUACAAUCCAGAGAUUGAAAGCAUCACUUUUCUGAAGGACCUGAGCUAUAAUCGGGAUGACUUCGCCAAAGCAGGUCUGCAGUUUGAGUUCAUUAACCCCAUCUUUGAGUUCUCAAAGGGAAUGAACGAACUACAACUCAAUGAUGCUGAAUAUGCACUUUUAAUCGCCAUCAACAUUUUCUCUGCAGACCGACCGAAUGUGCAGGACCAGUCCCUGGUGGAGAGACUACAGCACACCUAUGUGGAAGCCCUUCAUUCUUACAUUUGCAUCAACAGACCAAACGAUCACCUGAUGUUUCCACGGAUGUUAAUGAAGCUGGUUAGUCUUCGGACACUAAGUAGUGUUCACUCUGAACAGGUGUUUGCCCUUCGGCUGCAGGACAAGAAACUCCCUCCCCUGCUCUCAGAAAUUUGGGAUGUGCAUGAGUGACCGCGUGCUCCCAGGGCACUGAUGUGCCGACAUAACGCCGUGUCCCAGCCUUUGCUAACGAGAAGCCAGCCUCCCCUCUCCAAAGCACUGAACUCUGGGCUAGGCAGUGCAGAGAGUGACAAGCUUGGGGUUUCAAUGUUGUAAUGAGACUAUGCAGGAGGCAGCUGGGGGUAGAUCAGGUGGUGGGGGUUGGUUUUGAUGUAGUGCCCACACCCCAAAUGAAUAAUGCAAAACAUCUGAAAACGGUAGAAAUGAAGACUCUCUCCACACAUGUACACCUCUUUCUUCAGUCUCUUUCUUUUUCCUAAGCAUGUCCUGGGGAUUUGCUCGUUGAUCCUUUCCUCUCUCGUUGAUUAUGAAAAUGAAUCUGCAGGAAUUUGCCAAACCCUCUCUAUUGAGAGUAACCCAGCUCAAAAGGCUUAUGCAGGGUCCCCAGUGUACCUGGAUCUGAGGAGCUCAGGGAAGUCAGUGUGUAUGUUCUAGGGGUUUCACUGGGUUUCCUAUAAAUAAAAUAUCUUUUAUGUACUGCCCUUUGCAAAGAUUCCAAGAGAAGUAGCUGUUAUUUCUUUAUUGUGAGACUUCAUCUCUAGAGUUGCUCUUUCAUUCUGGCCUUCCUUUGGAAAGAGGAUUUCUCUGAUGUUGGAACUAAGUGAUCUUUAAGGUCCUUUCCAACCUAGGCUAUCUACAGUUCUAAUGUGUAGUGCCCGUUGUCUAAUGGGGAAAUCUUCUGGGUAGGGAACAUUUGUACACCGUAAAAAUGUCAGGCAUAAAGUAGAAGACUUAUUUUUUUUAAUGUAAUAUAUCACAGUUCUAUCUCACGCUGAUUUGCAGCCAGUUCACUUUACCUUUGACUUGCUAACAGCUGGAAAACUUUAGUUCAAAACAAAUCAGGGCAUAGAUUUUUUUCUGUCUUUAGGAGUGGAAGAGAAGAGAAAGGUGGGAAGGGCUGGUACCUAGGCAAGGUAGAUGUGGUGGAAGGAUCUCCAAAACUUCCAGGAAUUUGGAGCAUAUGGCAUGUGUUCCAAGGUGAGUGUGAAGAUGUAUUGGCCAAGGGGAGAGGACACGCUGCACUUAGUGAAAUAUGUGGGCAUUGCACAAACUAUGGGCUGCACAACUCUCAAAUCAGGGGCCACAGGAAUAUCAAGUGUUACUACAUCUACUUGCAUCUUCUUCCUCAUGCCAAAGUCUUUCCAAGGUACUUUCUCGAGGUUCCAGUGGUUGUGAUGGGAUACGGAGGUCCCUGCUGUGUGAGGAGUGCCAACUGUUUUAGAAGGACCAUUGGGUCUUGUAUCCUUUCUUCACGUUGGGCGCAGUGAGAGCCACACUGGAUUUAUGCCCCGCCUUCUUAAGUAUCCACAUCCAAAAGUAUUCUAGGACUUAAAGCAAUAUGUUGUCUGACAAGAGAAACGUACUGUUCCAAAAGAUGUUCCUUAUUUUCCAAGAAACAACAUCUUUUAUGGCUGAUCUCAGAGAUGUAACCUGAAGUAUCCUGGUAGUUUGGUCUCAUGGGUCUUCUCUAUCAUAAGGGUCUGUUUGCUUGCCUGGUGAGCAUCCCAAGAGCCUACAUUCACGUGGCUCGUGUUGGUUUUGUUGUUGGUUUGUUAUUUUUCCUUUGGCUGUGUAUCUGAGCGCUAUGCCCGUGGUGAGGGUAUUGUGUCCAUUUUGCACUUGAGGUUGGUCCCUUGCCACUGGCCUUCACUCUGCACCUUUGUAAAGCACUUGUAACAAUCCGUAAAAUAAUCUGUUUGUUUUUUUUUUUUAUAACUCAUUGCAAUUGCAAAAAAAAAAAAAAACAAAAAAAGAAAAAAAAUCUUGUUUAAAUCUGUAUUUUUAACUAAUCUUGUUUGAGAAAUGUUAAUGUUUAUAUAAAAGAAUAAAGCCUAAUACAGGAUUUUGA